AUGCCUGGCAGGCGGAGAUGGAGAUGGUGGCAACGGGGCUACCACCAUCGCACGCACCAUCACACACGCACCUGCUGCUCCCACCAUUGUGAUGUCCCCUCCUCCUUCCCCACCUCCCCUCGCACCCCUGCCUGCAUGCAUUUUGCAGCGGCAGGCGGAGAUGGAGAUGGUGGCGGCGGGGCUACCACUGUCUCAUCUCCUCCCCCCUCUGUGACACCCCCCCCUUCCCCUGCAGGCGGAGAUGGAGAUGGUGGCAGCAGGGGUAACACCAUCGCACCCCCUCUUCCCCUGGCAGGAAGAGAUGGAGAUGGUGACAGCAGGGCUAACACUGUCUCUGUGACACCCCCCCCUUCCCCUGCAGGCGGAGAUGGAGAUGGUGGCAGCAGGGGUAACACCAUCGCACCCCCUCUUCCCCUGGCAGGAAGAGAUGGAGAUGGUGACAGCAGGGCUAACACUGUCUCUGUGACACCCCCUCCUUCCCCUGCAGGCGGAGAUGGAGAUGGUGGCAGCAGGGGUAACACCAUCGCACCCCCUCUUCCCCUGGCAGGAAGAGAUGGAGAUGGUGACAGCAGGGCUAACACUGUCUCUGUGACACCCCCCCCUUCCCCUGCAGGCGGAGAUGGAGAUGGUGGCAGCAGGGGUAACACCAUCGCACCCCCUCUUCCCCUGGCAGGAAGAGAUGGAGAUGGUGACAGCAGGGCUAACACUGUCUCUGUGACACCCCCCCCUUCCCCUGCAGGCGGAGAUGGAGAUGGUGGCAGCAGGGGUAACACCAUCGCACCCCCUCUUCCCCUGGCAGGAAGAGAUGGAGAUGGUGACAGCAGGGCUAACACUGUCUCUGUGACACCCCCCCCUUCCCCUGCAGGCGGAGAUGGAGAUGGUGGCAGCAGGGGUAACACCAUCGCACCCCCUCUUCCCCUGGCAGGAAGAGAUGGAGAUGGUGACAGCAGGGCUAACACUGUCUCUGUGACACCCCCCCCUUCCCCUGCAGGCGGAGAUGGAGAUGGUGGCAGCAGGGGUAACACCAUCGCACCCCCUCUUCCCCUGGCAGGAAGAGAUGGAGAUGGUGACAGCAGGGCUAACACUGUCUCUGUGACACCCCCUCCUUCCCCUGCAGGCGGAGAUGGAGAUGGUGGCAGCAGGGGUAACACCAUCGCACCCCCUCUUCCCCUGGCAGGAAGAGAUGGAGAUGGUGACAGCAGGGCUAACACUGUCUCUGUGACACCCCCCCCUUCCCCUGCAGGCGGAGAUGGAGAUGGUGGCAGCAGGGGUAACACCAUCGCACCCCCUCUUCCCCUGGCAGGAAGAGAUGGAGAUGGUGACAGCAGGGCUAACACUGUCUCUGUGACACCCCCUCCUUCCCCUGCAGGCGGAGAUGGAGAUGGUGGCAGCAGGGGUAACACCAUCGCACCCCCUCUUCCCCUGGCAGGAAGAGAUGGAGAUGGUGACAGCAGGGCUAACACUGUCUCUGUGACACCCCCUCCUUCCCCUGCAGGCGGAGAUGGAGAUGGUGGCAGCAGGGGUAACACCAUCGCACCCCCUCUUCCCCUGGCAGGAAGAGAUGGAGAUGGUGACAGCAGGGCUAACACUGUCUCUGUGACACCCCCCCCUUCCCCUGCAGGCGGAGAUGGAGAUGGUGGCAGCAGGGGUAACACCAUCGCACCCCCUCUUCCCCUGGCAGGAAGAGAUGGAGAUGGUGACAGCAGGGCUAACACUGUCUCUGUGACACCCCCUCCUUCCCCUGCAGGCGGAGAUGGAGAUGGUGGCAGCAGGGGUAACACCAUCGCACCCCCUCUUCCCCUGGCAGGAAGAGAUGGAGAUGGUGACAGCAGGGCUAACACUGUCUCUGUGACACCCCCUCCUUCCCCUGCAGGCGGAGAUGGAGAUGGUGGCAGCAGGGGUAACACCAUCGCACCCCCUCUUCCCCUGGCAGGAAGAGAUGGAGAUGGUGACAGCAGGGCUAACACUGUCUCUGUGACACCCCCCCCUUCCCCUGCAGGCGGAGAUGGAGAUGGUGGCAGCGGGGCUGGCGCAGAGGAUAAGCCACGGGGAGAGGGAGGAGCUGCUGUGGGUGUACUGCAGGGCGGGGGGGAAGGACACCAGAGACGCCAUGGCACGUGCCCUUGGCUUGUAGCCGCCUCCUGUGGGCCUCCUGGUUCAAGUCAAGGUUGCAGGGCGGAGCAAAGCCCGGAGGAUUUUUACCGUAAGAGAGUUUACGAGUCUUUUGAAAUACUGCAGCACAAGUUACACACCUGCCUGCCCCCUGCUAUCGAAAUAAAGUAUCUGCUCUGCUAUGAGUGGUUUUGA